AUGAAUAAUUUAAUGAAUAGUGCUCGAAGAGUGAUUCGUGUUGGUUCUGUUGAAUUAGAAAUGUCACUGCCUAAUCCACCGAAUGUUACUUGGCUACAUGUAUGGACCUUUAGUGAAAUACAAAAUGCUGUUUUAGAAUCAUCAUUUGUUGCCAUUCCGAAUGAAAUUCUAUUAUGUAUAUUUCAAUUAUUAUCUGUAAGAGAUCUGUGCAACGUUUCAUUGGUUUGUCGAUUAUUCAAAAUGAUUGCCGAUCAAGAUGAAAUAUGGAAAUUAAAAUGCAAUACAUUAAUAAAACUAUAUUUUAAAUCAUACAAACAAAUUUAUAUGGAUUCGAUAUAUGUAAAAUUUUUAUGCAAGAUGAAUCGACGACGUACGAUGGAAAAACGUAAACUUGCACCCACUGGUGGAUUCAAUAAGCAUCCGAAGACAUCAUUCAUUAUGACAAUUGAACUAUCAGUCAACAUUGAUGCUACAGCUCGUGAACUUAUAAAGCUAAGAGAAAAAGCAUUGAAAUUUCGAGAACAAUGGCAACAAUCAACUAUUUUAAAACAGAUGAUAAUAAGAUAUUAUCGUUUCAUGCAAUUAAAAGCAUCUCAUCCAACAGAUCUUCUAUUAGUUCCUACAUUAGAUAUUGAAAUUAUUUGGCAAACUCAUUUACUUCGACCAGAAAUCUAUCAAGCUGAUUGUAUUCGUUUAUUUCAUCGAAUUAUUGAUCAUAAAUUAUUAACUAAUGAUAUUGAAAAAUUUUACAAAGAACAAGCAUUUCGAGAUACUUGUCAAUUAUAUGAACAAAAAUUCGGUGAAAACUAUUGUUUAUUACCAUCGUUCGUUAGGAGAAAACAAACUGCAUCAAAUGCUUCUUGUAAUGCUGUCGAUACAUAUCUUCAUGACAAAACGUAUUAUACUUAUUGGGAUAAAACAAAUUUCGAGUUGUUAUUGGAACCACCGAAAGAUUAUGAAAAUCCAUUUUCAUUUACAGAAGGUGACAUGAUCGUCGAUAUGAAUUGGCUUGAUAUGUGUAAAAUAUUUAUGGUAGAUGCACAAAAAAAAACUUCUGUUCCAUUUAAUUUUUGGGCUCGAUCGAAACAAAUUGAUCUUCAACCAGGAAAAAUGGAAAGAUUAAAAAAAUCCUAUGAACGAUUUCUAUACAUAGCAGCUAAAUAUCCACUCAAAGAUAGUGAUGGUUCUAUAUUUCCAACAUAUGCGAUUGAGAUCAUGUGGCACGCACAUAUGCAAGAACCAUUGAAUUAUGCAGCUGAUUGUGUUCGUCUUGUUGGCUAUGUUAUUUUUCAUAAUCUGUGGUCAACAAUUAAAGAUGAUAAUAUGCAGAAAUCAUCUGUUAAAACGAGUGAUAUUUGGAAGCAAGAAUUUGGUACGGAUAUAAUAACAGAUCAUCUUUGA